AGUUUUGGAAGAGAAUCUGUUUUUAGUUUAGCCUCUUCCUUCUUUUUUUCUUUUUGUAGCAAGUGGUGAUUCAUGGCUUCACUCAAAACCCACUUGUACACUUAAUUUCACCUUAAUUCCGCUCGUUCGUGGUUCAAGGCAUGGCCACAUGGCAUGGAUGGAAUAUUCCAUUUUAACACAAAAGAGAGGGGGUGUGGACUGAACUGUAUUUCUUUGUAAUUUAUUGUGUUGUCUUUGUUUCCAUUUUAAACAUACAAGAAUCACAAUUUCUGAACGCACUAUCUGUGAAUUACUGUCCAAAGGGCCCCAAUUACCAGCUGUAGGCCUAUGGAAAGUUUGCAGCUAGUCAGGGGGCCCCUACAGUGGGCUGCAGUGGGAGGGGCCCAAGGCAGUUGCCUAGCAAUGCCUCUAUGCAAAGACCGCCUGUGGGUGUGAAACAGAAGUGCACCAGUACUGCAUUGGCGUGCCUGCACUCCUGACCUGCCCCCAUUAAAGAAUGCAAGGACAAAUCAUCACUAUACUCAGUGCCAAAACUUUUUAAGUGUUGUGAGAAGGAAUGGUAAUGUGGUUUAAUGCUUGAUGAAUGGACAAAUAUAUAUUCUUUAAUUCUUCUACCUAAGAUAAAGUCUUUUUACAUUGAUUCUUUGGAAGAAUGUUUAAUCUCUCACCUGUAAAGUUGCUGUUUUGGAGAUUACUCAGCAAUGAUAUUAACAAACUAAAUGAAGUUAAACAGACAAAACAUGAAAUAUCUUGGGUUUAUAUCAUAUGCAAUGAAAUAAAAGUUAAAGUAAAUGUAAAAAAAAAAUUAUGUGUAUGUUAUAUACUGUCCUAAACAUUUCUGAUAUGGGGUUGUAGAAACCAGUUUAUUACAUGAAACCACACAAAUCAAAUAAAACCUAGUGAACUGUGUGAAUUGGACAUUUCUAAACAUGCAGUGGUGUCUGUUAUAGUCAAAAUAAGCAGAAUCUCCAGUGCUGUAAGCUGAUGCUUGACAAAACUAAAAUUGGGGACAGCGGCUCCUGAAAUCUUAUUGGUGGACAGUUCAUGGAAACUGCAUUGUGGGACAGCGUGAUGAAGUCAUUAAGGAGCUUACAGACAUUGGGGCAGAUUAGAUUUUGCUCUUCUAAUCCAGCAGAUUACCAUCGCACAACCCUACUGACCGACAGGGCUCCGCUGUGCAGCGUAGUUUCUGCGCACUGAAAAUUUCAGCUUUUCUUUACCAAUCCAGCACAUGUGGGCUUAAACUGACAGCGAAAUGGCGGCACCCUGACUUCGCUUAACCGACGAGGAGGACUUUGCAAGACCUUCAGCCCAGGAAAUCAAUCCAGUGGCAGCAGGACGGUAAUACAUUCCCAGUCUAAUUCAAUUAAAGUGCAUGUGGAUGCCGGGCUUUAGGAAAUACUACAGGCUGUCACUCAUGGAUACAGGAGCUCCUUGGCCUUAGCUGAGCCGCCAGACAGACCACAGCCACUCUUCUGCCCAAGGUCUCAGGGGUGCACAGGCAAGGAGUGGACCGGAAGGACGCUGUCUAGCUUGGGAAAGCUCCAUAGAUGGUAUCACUACCUCCCUGUACAGAGAUGGAACCAGAACCAGGGGAGGCAGAGAACAAUAGAGCAAUAGAUCCAGGAGAACAUGCAGUGAUACAAACUGCUCAAGUCCCUGAAGGAAGCAAAGAUUUACAAACAGAAAUAUGUCCCCAGCACCAACAACAAGAAACCAGUUUGGACCUGGAGAGGCUGCCGGAGGGUACAAAGAUGGACGAGGUAAAAGGGGGAGUACAGGAAGUUGAGAAGGAGACCAAAGAAGAUAGAAUGGAGGUAGAUGAAUCAAUGGACAAAAAAGCAGAGGACCAAGAUAUAGACGUUCAGCAUGGAGCAUGUGAUAUGGGUGGUCAGUAUGAUGAACCUAAUAAUGAUGAUGUUACCUUUCUGACCCACACUAGCUCCACUUCCAGGGGCUGUGAGACAGAAAGGGAUGAAAUGCAAAAGCUGAGAAAGACCCCCAGUUUUGCGAAAACUGUGCGGUUUUCAGAAACAGAAGAGGUGGAGGAAAGAGAGAGCUCAGAGGAAAGUCUUUUCCCAGACUAUGAGCUGGAGGAAUGGACUGUUGCUUGUUUUGAGGAGCUGUUCAUGGCGGACGACUGGAUUGACAUAACAGAUGACCGUCUGCUCAGGAAGAAAGUUCUGGAAGCAGGGCCCGAGCGAGCCCCGUGCCCCGUGUGGGGUCAGGAGGUCACGCUGAAAAUGCAGGGUGUGCUGGAGGACAGGACCAUGGUGGAAAAAGACUGCAAGCUGGUCUUUGUCAUCGGGGAGGGAGAUGUCAACCAGGCUUUAGAGGAGUGUGCCAUUUCAAUGAAGAAGGAAGAGAUUGCAUUACUACUGGCAGACUCACAAUACACCUACGGACUUCUGGGGAGAGAUCCUGACAUACCGCCCUGGACUCCCAUCCUCUACCAGCUACAGCUUGUGGAAAUCAGAGACAAACCGGACCCUCUGUCUCUGCCCAUUUCUGACCGGAUCCGCAUCGGCAAUCAGAAACGAGAGCGAGGGAACUUCUGCUUUCAGAGAGAGGAGUACAGCAUGGCAGCGCAGGCCUACUGCAUGGCCCUGGAUGUGCUGACCACACAAACACACGACGGCCGAGUCUGCGCGCCGGAGGAAGAGGAGGAGGUGAAUGAUUACCGGGUGAAGUGUCUGAACAACCUGGCGGCGGCGCAGCUGAAGCUGGAGCAGUACAGCGAGGCGCUGCACACCAGUCAGGAUGUGCUUUUCCUCGACCCCAACAAUGUGAAAGCACUCUUCAGGAAAGGGAAGCUUCUGUCAGACAAGGGUGAUUACGAGGAAGCCAUGGAGACCCUGAAGAAGGCUUUAAAACUGGAGCCGUCUACUAAGGCCUACCUCACGACAUCAUUCCAUAGACAGGCCAUACAUGCUGAACUGUCCAAGCUGGUCAAAAGACAAGCAGGAGUCACUGAGAUGCAGAAGUGGAAUCCAAAAUCUGCAGAGCUGCUCGGGGAGAACAUAGCACCCUUCCUCAAACCCUCCAAAAAGAAGCCCCCUGGCAUGUCUUGGAAGCUUCUGCUUGGUGCUCUGGUGGUGGCCUUGGGCAGUUUAGUCACCUCAGUGGUCCUGACUGCAAGAAACUAACUUUCUUUUUUUUUUCUCACGUGGAAGCAAACACCAACCCGUAAACUAAACUACUCAACUAUACUGCGACCAGAAUAGAGAAGAUUAAAAGCAUAAGUGCAGAGAGCUGUUUAAAUAUCUACCCCAGCUUGACUCCAGUAUUGACAACCACUGGUUUUUAUGCAUAGCAAAAUGCUCAGUACUGUGCAAAAGUCUUUUGUUGCUUGAGAAAAGUGUACUAAAAAGAUCUAAACUGGGCCGUAACAGUUUAUUUGCUCAGAAAAUUUGUAUUUCUUGCUCCUGUUCUCCUUAUACACCACUAAAGAACACGCUUUACACAUGCAUUUCUGGACAAGCUCAGAGAUACAGAAACCGGCAUCUGAGGUGAAAGAACCAUGUGAACUGAUGUGGUUGAGUAAUAGUUUAGGAUUUUGCAGAAAUAUGACUCAGGUUAUACAGCAUUACACUUAGACAAUUUUGCAGUUGUUGUGAGCGUUUUCCUGCGAACCAAAGAUACAUAGCGCAGUAGGAGUGCUAUUCCCCCUAUUACAGAUCAGUGGAGAAUCACAGUGAUUAAGAAAAUGUUCAUUUUUUUUAAUAAUGUUGCUUAAAUAGAACAAGUUACAAAUAAUAUUAAUACAGCAUUAGUCAUUUUGUGUGUCAGUGUGUUAACUAAACUAAACCAUUUACCAAAUUCCAUUUACAGGAGUGUAGUCCAAGACUAGGUUUAAUCCCUGUCUGGGAAAUAAUAAGUAUAACAUUAAAAUUUCUGUUUGUUCGUU